CUUAACCAUGGAGCCAACACCACCCGCCAAAUCCACCACACCUCCGCCGCCUCCGCCGCUCCUCCGCCGAUUCGUCGCAAUAGACACCAAAAUCUCCCAAAAAAUCCACAUUCUCGCCAAACCGUUCCUCCCUCACUCCCUCCUCCUCCUCCUCGAACUCUCCGCCGACUUCCGUCUCUUCUUCCCCGUCGCCCUCUCCCUCCUCCUCGCCCCGCUUUUAACCCCCGGCCCAAUCCCAAACCCGAACCCGAACUCCGGCCCAAUCCAUCUCCUCCGCCCCUUCCUCUCCCCUCUCCUCCUCGGCCUCCUCCUCGACCUCGCCCUCAUCGGCCUCAUCAAGUUCAUCGUCCGCCGCGCCCGCCCCGUCUACAACGCCACCAUGAGCGUCGCCGUUUCCGUCGACCACUUCUCCUUCCCCAGCGGACACGCCUCCAGGGUCUGCUUCGUCGCCGCUCUCUUCUACCUCUCCGCCGCCGCCCUCGCCGACGCUGUUUUCCACCUCAGGUCGACGUCGCCGGCCGUCGAGCGCUGGAUCGGUUCCGAUCAAGGCAGGACCGUGAGUGUUCUGGUCUCGGUCGUCUGGGCCUGGGCCGCGGCCACUUCGAUCUCGAGGAUUUUGCUCGGCCGGCACUUCGUCUCCGACGUCUUCGCCGGGGCUUGUUUAGGCGUGGGUGAGGGUCUAGUAGCGUUUCAUUUCCUCAGAUUCUAAGUUCAUUUCCUAAUGGUGAUGACUUCUGACUGGAGGAUGGUAUUGUUCCAGACUGGAGCCACUGUAUUUCAUCAAUCCCAUGUGCAAACCUGCUGCUGUUUUGAAACUCGUUUUCUUCAACAGUAGGUGUGGUGUAAUCAUUUUUACAAUGUCUGGGAUGCUGCUGUUCUUUUGAUUACGGAACCAUCGAAUGUGGAAUUGAAUUUCCGUCAACUAUGAUUUAAAUUUGUGGAUGACUGGAUUGGUGUUCCAGACACUUUUAGCUUUGGAGAAUUUAAGUACAGAAGGGAAGUGUUCUCCAGGAUUAUGUAUACGGGAAGUUCAGUGUAAGUAUGCUGAUACUAAAUGUGCUGGAAAUUUCCAUUAUUCUUGAUUUUUUUGUGGAACUUCCAUUUUUUAAUGGCUUCCAUAAUCUUUAACUGGAAUUGUAAGUACUGUGUUUCAUCAAAUUAUUAAGCUCGAUCUGUAUUUAUCUCAUGCAACUACAUUG